CGGGCUCUCUGACAUCUCCCGUGCCUUGAAGCGAGUCACCAUCCAGCACUGAGCCUUGGAUGCGGGAGCGCACGCUCGGCCACGCAUGCGGUGGUAACAGGCAGGCUGAUCGGUCAGAGCGGGAUGGACAUCUCGGCUCAACCGAAAGCUGCUGGAGGUUGUCCAUUUUGAGAGGCGCAGGAGCUCAGGGCGUAAUGAGGAGCGAACCGUCAGUUUCCAUUUAAUUUGCUGUCUUUACGCAGGGUGGAGAGGUGCGCUCUGCCGCCAGUAAUCCGCUUGGCGGGGAGGAGCAGGGGAAAGCUCUCUCCAGGCUGAGGCAGAGUGAGAGGGGAGGGACAGCAGGUUAAGUCGGAUACGGACCAACAGAGUUAAACAGCGUGUGGUCAUAUGGACCGACUGUAGUUGGCAGGCAGGCUGCUGGGAUUCCUCUUGGCACGAUGAACGGACCAACAAAAGUUAAGUUCCAGUCAGGCCUCUAUGGAGGAAACCACAGCAGUAGCAGCUCUACUCUCUCCAGCAGAGCAAAUUCACCAAUCACGUGUGAACGUUGUCGGGAGGCUUGCUGUGGAGAAGUGGUGCGUGUGAAAAACAUGCACUUCCAUGUUCACUGCUUCACCUGCCAAGUGUGCGGCUGUGACUUGGUGCGCUCUGGUUUCUUCCAUCAUUCUGGUGAGUACAUCUGUACUGAGGACUACCAGCGUCUGUAUGGGACCCAGUGUGACAGCUGUGACCAGUACAUCACCGGAGAGGUGGUCUCUGCCAUGGGGAGGACGUAUCACCCGCACUGUUUUGUCUGCAGUGUCUGCAGGCGUCCAUUCCCAAUUGGAGACAGAGUGACCUUCUGUGGGAAAAAGUGUGUGUGUCAGCAGUGCUCACACUCUCUGAAAAAGGACAAGCCUGUUAAGAUUCUUGGACCGAGCUACUGUGCAGGCUGCAGCCAAGAGAUCAAACAGGGCCAGUCUCUGCUGGCUUUGGAGAGGCAGUGGCACAUCACUUGUUUCAAAUGUAGGACGUGUGGCUGUGCUCUCACUGGAGAAUACAUCAGCAAAGACGGGAUUCCUUACUGUGAGGAUGACUACCACACUCAGUUUGGAAUCAGGUGUGAAGGCUGCAGCAGGUACAUCAGCGGCAGAGUACUCGAGGCCGGAGGGAAGCAUUACCACCCGAGUUGUGCCAGGUGUGCCCGCUGCCACAUGAUGUUUCAGGAAGGAGAGGAAAUGUAUCUAACGGGUUCGGAGGUUUGGCACCCGAUGUGUAAAGAAGCAGCUCGGCUGGAGAGAAAACUUAGGCAGCUGAGACGAACCUCUGAGACUGCAUCCAUUUCUCCUUCAGGUUCCUCUCCCCUCCUCGGCUCUCCUCACCGGCUCAUCUGUUCUUUGGGCUCCUUAUCGCCAUACGCUCAUGACCUCUUGGACAGCGUCGAGUUGAGAAAGAGACUUUCCUCCAGCUCUGCAUUCUCAGAGUCUCCUGCACAUGGUCACCACGGAGGAUCCCCGCUGCAUUAUUAUCUCCCCGGCAGUGAGAGUGGCAGGAGUUCACCAUAUUACACUCAACCAGAGCCCAGGUGUACCACACCCACCUCCUCCACCUUCCAAGUUCCCAAGCAUUUCCAUGUCCCAGUGUCUGAAGAAAGCAACAUUUAUAGGAAACCCCCCAUUUACAAAAGACAAGACAUUCCUGCAUCUCCAACCAACAGGAGUAAGAUCAAUGAGAAUCUCAUCAAUUCCAGUCGCCUUUCCACUUCCAACUGCAACAGCCUUUAUCACACAGACUCCAAUUAUUUUCCAUAUGGUGGCUCUCCGAAAGUCUCCAGGGUGAGGAGGUUUUCAUCUGGAGGAGAAGAGGAUGGGUGGAAUCAUAAUAUAAACAAGGGAAUUGGCAGGAUGAUCUUAAAGGAAGAGAUGAAGGCACGAUCAGGGGUCCAGGACAACAACCACUGGAGGAGUGCGCGCAGCUCCCAGAGUAACAGCAAGGAGACGCUAAACAAUCUGGAAUACAACUCCUCCCUUAAUGGCUGUAAGUCUUUGUGUUUAAUAGCUUUACACUACUCGUAYACUGCCAAAUCUGCCUCGUUGCCAGGCUACGGCAGGAAUGGACUGAACAGGCCUGGGAGUGCGGACACAGAUUAUUACCAGUACGACAGCAGUAAUGCAGUUAACUGGCAGAUAAGAGAAUACAAGAUCUACCCAUACGAAGCUUUGAUGGUGUCGGUAAGAGGGCAGCAACGUCUUCCCAGCGACGUGGACAGAGCCCGUCUGGAGCGUCACCUUUCACCAGAAGAGUUUUAUCGAGUCUUUGGCAUGUCCAUGUCUGCCUUUGAUCGCCUGGCUCAGUGGAAAAAGAACGAACUGAAGAAACGGGUCCGACUCUUUUAGGAAMAGUYACAAAACCYAGUCGAUUCAGCUGCAGUCCAGAUGGAACAUCAACAACACUCUGAAUGCUGCUUCCUAAAAGAUUUCACUWGGACUGUAUGCUGAACAGAAAGCAUCGGGUCUGACAAGUUGCARCUGAUAUGCACUAAGGUUUAUUUAGCAAUAACUGUAAGGGCAGCAAGGGCAAAACUGGAUGAUAGAAGCCUGCAAGAAAUGUAGUAAUGCUUCAACAGAGUAUUACUGUCUGCUGGAGCAGACAGUAAUGCUGA